AAAAAAAACACAACAACACUUUUGAUCUCUUGCUGUACCCCGUGGUCAAACAAGGGUCAUAUGGCUGGCCACCAGAGGUGCCUUGUCGUGCUGCAGCACGACCACGUUGUAGCAUUGUCCUUUGCAAUUCAGCUCCUGAGCUGUGUAUUCCAAGGAAAACAAUACAGGAUGAUGAACCGCCCAAGAUAGCCUGCCCAACAGGUGUUCUCCUGGACAUCCCAGAUGGAGUUGUUACUGGGCCGUCUCCCUAUAACAUCCCGCCGGUGUUGACAUGCCCAGACAACAUGACAAUGCCCACGCUUUUCAACCGAUCCUACGGGCCGGUAUCCUGGCCAAACCCAACCGCCACAGACAACAUUCCUGAUCUGCCAAUCGCAAUAACCUCGGGACAUCCAACAGGGGGCGCUGUUUCCCUUAGGCCCGACAUUGAAAAUCCUGUUAUUUACGGAUGUCCGGGGAAUUUGAACUAUACCACUGAUCUCGGAGAGCCCUUUGGACGUGCAUCCUACGAUGAACCGACAGCUGUCGACAAUUCAGGAUCGGUUCGAGGUGAUAGGACUUCAAAGGAGCAACAUAUUCGAGAUCGGGCCGACAGAGACAUGGAAAGCCCUGAUGUUCAGAACUGCCCGUCAGACUUUGAGGUCUUCGUCAUGCAGCUUUCGAUGUCGAGCACCGUCACCGUUGGGUGGCAGGAACCAGACUUCACCGAUAACUCCGGCAUUGAGGUUGCCUUGUCUUCUUAUCCUAUCGGUUUGACGGAGGUCUCGGUGUAUGCAGAGGACAGCGCUGGUAACAACGCUACCUGCAGCUACAUCAUUGAAGUCGUCGAUGUUGAUCCUCCCAACAUCACCAACGGCUGUCCUGGUGACAUCAUAAUAAACACAGCCCUUGGAGAAGCUGUCGGGUAUCCAACAUGGACAACUCCUGAAGCGACCGAUAAUUCAGGUCAGAAAAUAGCCUUGGUCAAGGCGCUCGUCAUUCUUCGACGUAACGCG